GGAGAUCAACACGGAAGUCGUUUUAAGGCGCCAAGUUUGUUUUUCCGUCGCUGAAGAGUUUCUCUGAGUCUCUCUGAUUCUCUGAUUCUCUGUUUCUCUGAGUCUCUCUGAGUUUCUCUCUGUUUCUCUGAGUUUCUCUGUUUCUCUGAGUUUCUCUGAGUCUCUCUGUUUCUCUGAGUUUCUCUGUUUCUCUGAGUCUCUCUGAGUUUCUCUGAGUUUCUCUGAGUCUCUCUGAGUCUCUCUGAGUUUCUCUGAGUCUCUCUGUUUGUUGUUUUGUUUUCUGUUUUUAAUAUAAACUAAAGUUGAGACGAUGACUGAGAACACGUUUCCCGUCUACACCGCUGAUGCGAUAGUGAAUUUCUUCCGAACAGAAGUUCUGACCGGACAAGAAGCGAAGAACUUCACGAAGAGCGACCUGACUCCUUCUGCCAGGCCAGAGGCGGUUCAAACGUUGAACAUGAGAGUGCUGCAUCUCCUGUAUCGUUUCAGACCCGAGUGUCACUCCAUGGUUCCACUUCUGGAGAAUAUUCAGAAUCCAGUUUAUCACGAGACGACAACUGCCAUCACAAGCGUCUGCAGAUGCAUGCAGCAGUUUCUUCCCAUGUGCAUGGUGUACGAUUUUUCCCUGAUGGACCUUCUAGCUCCAAAUAAGCAGAAGACUCUGAGUGUUCUAAGUGCCAUCAUGAACUAUCUUCACUUCAGGAAGCAGAGGAUGGGCAUGAUCAUGGAGAAGCUGGCCAAAUUUAGGGCAGACAUGGACCGGCUGCAGUUCUACAACAAAGCCAAAAAAGAAGCAGAGAAGAAGAUUGAGAUGCUGACGACCAUCCCACCGGAGCAGCAGGCCGAGGCCGACGAGCUGGCAGCUGCUCUCUCUGAGCUGCACGCCACCAACAUCCACGAGUACCAGGAAGUGGAUGCCAAAAAUGAAAGCAUCGCAGAGUGGAAAGCCAAGAUUGCAGAGAAGACUCAGAAACUGGCCCAGAUGAAGGUGGAUGUCUGCAACCUGAAGGAAAACAUCAGCAAACUCAAGUCUCAGAUUGUGGAGUCUCCGGAGGAGCUGAAGAGUCAGAUGGAGAAGAUGAGGGAGAACGUCAAGAACAUCAAGACCUCCAUUACGGGAACAGAUGAGUGUAUGGUGGAGCUGCAGAACAUGGUGCAGAGUGUGACUCACACUGAGGCCGAGAUCCAGCAGGUGUACAACCUGCUGCAGGACCUGGGGAGCAGCAUGAACAACACCAAGCAGCGACAGGAGGAGUACCAGGAGCUGACGGCUCUGUAUGAGAAGCAGCAGAAGGAGCUGAAGAACCUGUACAUCGAGGAAGGCCAGCUGAAGCGAGCUCUGGGCAUGAAGCUGGACAAAGAGUCCAAACAGAACAUCCGCAGGCAGAAGAAGAGAGAGAUGAAGGAGCAGGAUCUUCAAGACAUGCAGGGGCAGUACAACCAGGUCCAUCAGAAACGCGAGGAGAUGGUCGACAAAAUCCAAGAGAUCUCCAGAGAGACGCAGCAGCUGAAGGCCAAGAUCCAGAGCCUGAGAGACGUCUGCAGCCAAGAGUCAGCCAAAGCUCAGGCUCUGUACGACACCCUGUCAACGUCAAUGGACAAGCUGCACAGAAGGAUCGAGAUGCACGCUGCCGACCUGAAACAAGACGUCACCAAGAUGUCUGCUAACUUUUAAAUGGAUCAUUUUACAUUUUCAUCGUUCAUGCUAAUGUGUGGUAUUACUUCUCUUUUUACUAUGUGGUAUUACUUCUCUGUUAUGUGUUUUUACUCUUCUAACCUUUUGUUGCCUUUUUGACCUUUACUAUUUAUAAUCAUUUAGAGUUGUAUAUUAUCAGUUAAUAAAUCUGAUCAGAAAAGACUGU